CUGAAAAGUGAUCCUAACAAUAUCGUUCAUAGCUAUUAUCGUUGGGAUCACUUUCAGAGUGAUAUAUGGGCUUUAACUGUGUUUGGGCUACAUGCUCGUUGUUACUUUCAUUUCUUUGCACACGAAUACAACUCUGAAAAGGACACAUGCAGGAAAAUGGCGACAGUAUGAUGUACUGUGAUCACAGCGAUGGAUAAUCUGACUAUUGUAAUUGAGAGGCCAGUGGUUCGCUAAUAGCUUAGCUACGAGCUAGGCUUAGCUACUAGCUAAGCCUAGCGUCUUAGGCUUCUUCGUUUUCUUCGACUGAUUUGGCGGUUGGCAUCCAACGGUCAGAUACAUUACCACCACCUAAUGCACACACAAAACAUUACAUAGACUCUGUGAGACGGGUCCCAACUUUUAAAAUAUUUCUUACAAGAUUUUUUUUUGCUUGUUUUUACUUCUAUUCAAGUCUUUUUUUUUUUUUUUUUUUAAUUCUACUUAAGUCUUUCUAUUCUAACUUGAAAAUUUCCUUCAGCACUGUUUUUGUUUACUCUGACUACAAUGCCCAUAAACCUCAGCGACCAGGAAGACGUUUUUCCUGCUGCCUACGGGAUAUUUUCAUUGCGGUCAAGCUGCUGUCCAGUUCCUGCCCACCGGUUUUAUACUUCUUGAACUAUUGAGUAUGCCAGGAGGUUCCACAACUAAAACAUGUCCAUUCUGUCAAACGACACUGUUUUGUGCACAAAAAACCUGCACAUACUGCAAACAGGAGCAGCCAACAAAGCUGCGCCUUAAACGUAAGCUAGAAAGGUUCGACGAAAAGCGCAAAGAAUGGGUGGUUGGCCGCAAGAGAGCCCACAACGCUUCAUCAGUGAAGGAUGAAGCCAUUAUCCUGCUUGAGAAGCUUCAUGCCUUGGGCUACAAGCCGGUGCUGCUUCUCGGAAAGCAGAACAAAAGUAAAAAAAAACUCCAGUGCAAGAUACUCACCCCUCGAUGCUCACUGACGGCAUACGCGAAGGAUAGUCUGGAGAAGAUUGGCUCUUUAUUUGAGCGCGUCUGUAAAGCCAAGGUUGUCAGCCUCAAAAGGAAAAACUCGGAAAACUCAAGCUACACCCCCGGCAACAAAAAAGGGAGACAUAUGCCUCGCAGGAAGCAGUCACAAAGAAAUUGCUCCUACCACACUCGCCUGGAGGCCUUGCCUUUCAGAACGGUGCUACAGGAAAGAGUUAGAAAGGGCAAGCUUGAAAUAUUGAUCGACUGGGAGCCCUGUCCAGAGUGCGGCAAGGAGUGGGCCCCUUCCUGGCAGCCAAAAGAGUCCAUCUGUACAUAAAUUAAAGUGUUUUGUUUGAACUCUAUUUUUGUCAUACUUCUUUUUUCAGUCAAGAUGCGGUAAAACUUGAACAGUGCCCUCAAUGAUAAUGGUCCCUCUAGGUAAGGGGAGAGAGCCCACACCUAGGAGAGGAGUUCAGGUAACUCUGGGUCUUAUUCAUGAGUAAGGCAAGAAGUGACGGUGAGAUCAGACAGUUACACAGAUCUCUGGAUGCUUUCUUUUUGCCAGAAUGACCCAGACUGGUGAAGUUAAAAUGGUUCUAUAUGUCCAUGCGUCAUUGUUUACAUGUACCUCCAUUCCAUGUUCUGUUGGCACUGCUUUUCUACUUAAACUGAUGUCUGAAUGUCCAGUUUCUAGGAAAUAGAGCCUGUGUGCUGCUGUACAACAUACUUGUUUUUUUACCUACGCCAUAGAAAAUAAAUAAAUACAUAAAUACAUUUGGCCAUUG